AUGACAAACUUAAUUCUAUUUGAUCGAUUAUUUAAUGGUCGUAUAACACGUGUAGAAAUUUGGAAACAAAUUAUAUCGGAACAACAAUUACUGGUCAGCUACCGGGAUUGUCGAAAACAAAAUGGAGAUAUUUUUUCUUGGUCAAAAGUAUCAAAUGAAAUAACAAUUGAUACGUCGAAAUUGAAAAGUUCAUCGUUUUGUUCAGGCUGUUCGGAGCCAGCAUCCAUAUCAGGUGGACUUUAUCGUGUAUUCGAUUAUGAAGUUGGUUCAUCGGUUGAAUAUGAAUGUAACUAUGGUUAUGAAAUGAUUGGUGCUAGUCGAGCAUUUUGUAUGGUACCAUCAGAAUGGUAUCCAUUACCGCCGAUUUGUAAAUGUAAGAGCUAUACUGUUGAUUUUAAUGCAUUACGAAUAGAAUUUAUAUUAGAUAAUCCAUGUUCAUCGGAAUGUGAACUUUGUGAGAAAAAAACAGGUAUCUGUUUACGACAACAAGCUAAAUUAAAUCCUCUUGUUUGUGAUCCUCCGUGUGACGAGGAUGAAGUAUGUAUCGAUGGACAAUGUAGUUGGUCGAAUAUAGAUGACGAAAAAAAUGAUUAUCAAUGUAAUCCACCAUGUCCAUUUGGAACACAAUGUGUCAAUCGACAAUGUGAAUCUUCUUUAACACCAUAUUGCCCAGUAAUCUGUCGGCCUGGACAAGUAUGUGUCGAUGGCCGAUGUGGCUGUUUUAAAGGUUUAUGUGAAGACAAUCGUCCGUGUUAUGAAAUUUGUGAUGUGGGAGAACGUUGUUAUAAUCUAUCAUGUAGCUGUGGCUCUGAAGGAAAAUGUGGUAAAGGCGAACUUUGUCAAUUAGAUAUAUGUAUGUGUGGUAGAAAACGCGGGGGUUGUCGUCCACAUGAAGAUUGUAUCAAUGGCAUGUGUGUUUGUAAAACAAGUUCAUGUGAUCAAUGUAAUAAUUCAUGUAAAUCAAAUGAAAUAUGUUUAGAUGGAACAUGUGUAUGUACAAAUCAAUGUCAAAAUGCAUUUUGCCCACUUCCAUGUUUAAACGGAGGACGAUGUACAGGCUUUUAUCAGUGCACUUGCCGUCGAGGUUGGCAAGGUCUUCGAUGUGAACGACGUGACAUUAAUCUUGAGAACUGA